CCCCGCUUCGGACUGCGGCCUAUCGUCACUGCCUUGCCUGAUGCUCCUACCAUCAUCACUACUGACUGACCUACCACCACCCUUUCUUCCAUCACCUCAACCUUAUCAUCCUAAGGUCUAGAGGGGGCGUGGUAUCUAAUGCUCUCAUAUCGACGCUCUUCCUUCUUUGAAACCUCUUAUCAGACCUAAAUAACGUCUCCUACCCGGCUCGCAGGUCGAUCCAACCCCAGCCUGCCCGACACCGCCUCACUACCACCCUACUAGGCUGCUCUACCAUCAUGGCUACAAAUCAUCCUCAUACAGGCCCUGUUGGUCCUGACACCUUGAUCACCGUCAAAGUUAUCAUUGAUGGCACGAAUCGACGAUUCAAACUUGCUCUUCGGGACCUUGGAGCCAAUGUUCUCCCGCAGAAGCUGCGCUUCUUGCUUGCUAUUCCUCCUGAGAAUGAAGUCAAGUUCGAUCGGUUCUCUGAUUCCGCUGGUGCCUACAUCACCCUAGACAGCAAUAACCCUGGAGUCUACAAACAAUUGUAUCGGGCAGCCAAAGCAAAGCUCAAGCUACGUUUGCGGGCUACAGUUCAGAGAUCUAUGAAGAUGGAACAAGAAGAGAAGAAGAUGACAGAUGAGGACAAACUCGCUGGCAGUGCCGCCACCAAGGACAUGUCCGAAGCCUCCCAAGGGGAGCCUAGGCAUAGUUUCCUGGAGACCGUUUUGUCUCAGCCUGCGGUGCCAUCCUUCAAGUCUUUCCAGAAGACGUGCUCCUAUUCUCCAACCUGUUCCAUCCCAGGUGCAUUCGACCUUGACUCCGGCAUGGAUUCAAUGAAACCUCCUCGGUUCUGCCACACCGACCUCUUCAGUCUACCAACACUCCCAUCGUUCACCGACUUCCCUUCGACGGCAUAUACCAUUGACUGCAACCACUGUGGGGCGUCUGUGCCUGACGAGCACUAUCACUGCGGUAUUUGCGAGAACGGCGACUUCGACUUGUGCAAGGCCUGUGUCGAUUCGGGUGUCACCUGCGAUGGAGACGAGCAUUGGCUACUGAAGAGAAUUAUACGUAAUGGAGUCGUGAUCCCAAGUGAGACUACCACCGUACCAGCAAAGAAGGCAACUCAGAAUGAGAAGAGUGCGACUGAGGAACCAACCACACCGAUCAGUCCGGAGAAUGAUGAUAGCGAGCGGACCUGCAACUCUUGCAUCUGCCAAAUGCCGGCUCGUGAAUUCGUCACUUGCCAGGAUUGCCCAGACUUUGACCUCUGCUUCAGCUGUUUCCAGAACGGCGAACACGGUCACGACCCAUCCCAUGCGUUCUCCAUCCAUGAGUCCGCCGAAUUCGCUGGCGAAGCUCAGGUCAAGGCUCUCUGCGCUCCAGGCCGCAACGUUUGCCAUAACGCUAUCUGCGAUGGCUGCGACAAGGACAUUUAUGGCAUUCGCCACAAGUGCUUGUCGUGCCCAGACUUCGACUAUUGCUCCACCUGCAUUGCCUCUGCUGGCAAAAAUCAUCCUGGUCAUCGCUUUAUUCCUGUCUACAAGCGACUUCAAGUCCCUCGCAAGGCCAAACAAUACCAUCGUGGGGUACACUGCGACGGACCGCUAUGCGUCAAUGCUAAGGGCUACAUUGUGGGUGAUCGGUACAAGUGUGCGGUUUGCCACGAUACCGAUUUCUGUGCCAGCUGUGAAGCUUUGCCGGAAAAUGGGCAUAAUGCGACACACCCAUUGAUCAAGUUCAAGACUCCAUUGCGACAUGUUUCCAUCACCACAUCUGAAGCGUCCGAGGAUGGAGAGACGGUUACUCAACUUGGAGACCGACCACUGGCUAAACACGCUGCUACCGAAACCACUCAAUCUACAUCUGCCAAUGCUGCAACUCAAGUCCAGACUGUCGCCGAGGUCAAGCCUGUCGAGAACGCAGUAAGCACGACCGAAGCUGCACCAGCCCAUGACGUUCUAUCAGGCAAGUCCAGCUCAAACGCCCUUCAAGCUUGGUAUGUCUCGGACUUGACACCGGAUGGUACACGUGUUGCCACCAACCAUCUUGUGGUUCAAUCAUGGACAUUGCGCAACCCUGGUCCUGAAACUUGGCCAGCAGGAUGCGCCGUCUACUACAUCGGCGGGGACGACAUGCGCAACCUUGACUCUCUUCACCCAUCAAGUGUUAGCACCAUGACCAAUGCCAACCGCAGCAAUGUGCUCGAAACCGCCCUUGAGCCGGGUAAGACUGCCGUCUUCACGGUCCUUCUGAAGUCACCUGCUCGUGAGGGCCGUUCUAUCUCGUACUGGCGCCUCAAGACUCCCGAAGAUCUACCAUUCGGCCACAAGCUGUGGGUCGACAUCGAAGUCCGAUCUACGCCUGUCGAAUUGCCCAUUCGUUCUGCAGACGUGCCCUCCGCUCCGGCUAUCGUGGAACCCGAGAAUACAGAGAUGGACAAGUCGCAAGCCAGCUCUAUCAUGAUCUUCCCAAAGCUUGACAAGGAGUCUCCAGUCUCUAGCGUACACGAUGUCAGUGAGAGCCAUGUUGAAGCACCUGCUCCAUUGAUGGAGCCUACCACCAAGACCGAGGGUCACGAUUUGCUUGAAGAUGUAGAGAGUCUCGAGCUUGAGGAGUCAGACAGCGAGGAUGACGCAUUCUUGACAGACGAGGAAUACGACAUUCUCGAUGCAAGUGAUGAGGAUUUCUUGGAAGCACAAACUCAGCCUGCCAAGUAAGGUCAAUUGUCAUCUGUACCUUGGCAGGAUGUCCGAGGUCUAACGAGACAAGAAUCACAACACGACGAGCAGGCCAAAAGCCGUCACGGCUCCCGAUCUACCAGAAUGAUUCAAAACACACGAUCAGGAAUAUGGGGAACAAGGUGUGAGGAUGGCUUUUGGAUCUGGGAUGAAACGGCGCGACGGGGGCUAUGGGACUCUUUUCCUUUACUGUUGAACCACAUUACUCAUUGACAUGAUCUCUUGCUUGCUUGCAUCUAGUAAACAAUACGAACAAUGUGCUCCAAAAC